AUGCCUCUGUCUCAACUCCCGCAGAAGUUAAGCUAUCGCCUUUGGGUAUACUAUCGACUGCUUUUUGCACUUGGUGGUUCAAAAUGUCUGCAGCAUGGAACGUGUUCGUACUCUAGUCCGCAGACAGCUUCCGAUGUGAAUGCUUCGUAUCCAACUACAUCCAGCGCACCCGCGGUCGGUUCAACCAUAGGAGGUUCGGGUAGAUCUUCACAAGCCUCGGAAUUCUCAUCAAACUCCCGUUGGCGAUCGUCUAGUAAGAGUGCCUCUGGUCCUGGCGCUUAUUCGUCGGUCGUCCUUCCUGGUGGACAAACACGGCCAUGCGCUCUCGCAUCAGCCCCCGGAGCUACUACUGCUCCUGGUCUGCCCCGAAGACUACAACAUUUGGCUAGUUUACCCCAUGGAGAUGUGGUUUGUGCCGUCACCAUAGGUCCUUGUCCGAUUGGUCGUGCUUCUUCAGUUAGUGCUGCGACAGACCUGUGCCGCGGAGCGGCUGCUGCAGCUGCGACAGCAAGCGAUACUGAUAGUCUCACUGGGUCACCCAAUUCUACUGCACCUUCAUCCCUCGCUACCGGGGCCGCACACUUUGCCUACACCGGUGCUCGGGGUAGUGUGAAGCUCUGGGACCUAGCGUCCAUCAGUGCAUCCGCUCUGUCUGGAUUGUCCUCACGUGACUUAUCACCUUUGGCCACUUUUGAUUGCCUCUGUUCAGAUAGUUAUGUGCGGUCGAUCAAAUUAUUCCCAGACGCCUCUCAUCUGAUCAUCGGCGGUGAAUCGAAUGCACUCACGUUGUGGGACUUGGCCGGGACUGGUCGUCGUAAGGCCGAGCUCACAUUUGAAGCACCUGCAUGUUACGCCUUGGCCCUUUCACCAAAUGGAAAAUUAUGUUACAGCUGCUGUUCGGAUGGCUACGUGUCUGUCUGGGAUGUUCACAAUCAGUCCGUGGUACAUCAGUUUCACGGCCAUGUGGAUGGUACUUCAUGUGUGGAACUGUCUGCCGAUGGGAAUCGUUUGUGGACAGGCGGUCUUGACCAUAAAGUUUGUUGUUGGGAUAUUCGUGGCAGUCCUUCUCGACCACUGCAUCAUAUUGAGUUCAAAUCACAAGUAUUCUCUCUCGGCCUGACCACCACACACGGUCCUGUUUUGCAUGGACCCACGUUUGGCUCUCGACGACAGACUGCUUCGGUUUCUCCGUCACGUUCAGCCGACGGGGACUCAGCCUCAAGUGGCGGUGGUGCCUUGCGCGACACUGCCAGCCCCCAGUCCACCGGUGGCGGUGGAGGUUGUGUUGGUGGUUCAUCUAACAAGACAUCCCAAUGGUUAGCUGUAGGCCUGGAAUCCUCGGAGGUCGAAGUUGUGGCCAUCGGUUCCGACGGCCCAGCGCCCACUCACUCAUCCAAUCUUGGGGCUGCACGUGGAGACGAGAUCAGUCCUAGCAUGUCACCUCUAUCUGCUUCAUCCUCAACAUCAAUACAGCCUCAACACUUCCGCCUAACUCACCACGAAAGUUGUGUUUUGGCUCUGCGGUUCGCACAUCAUGGUGAUUGGUUCCUGACGACAGGCAAAGACCAUCAGGUUAAUGCUUGGCGAACACCCUAUGGGGCUUGUCUUUUAGAGACCAAAGAAGCUGCAUCUGUGCUCACCUGCGACAUCUCACCCGAUGAUAAAUUUGUCGUGACCGGAUCGGGUGACAAACGGGCCAAUCUUUAUGAGGUCAUCUUUGUCGCCUAG